GUUAACGAGAGUCAGCCAUGAAAACUUGACAACAACCAGUGUUUUUUUUUUUUUCUUUUUCGAAAAACUAAGAGCCAUUACGUUAUAACCACAGAUUCAGGGCGAACUCGGACGUUUAUUUCAGUUUCAACAGCGUAAACGGAGGUUGGAUGUCGAACGUUAUCGUGUAAAACCGUUGAAAAAUCCUCGAGCGACGUGACGUACGAGCUAGAAGAUUCUACACAUUUACGUUAAAGCGCGAGCAAUUAUAGUGGUUGAAGGCAUCGACCACACGCAGAGCGAUAAUGUGUCUUUAAAGUCCUAUAAUUUGGGGUAAAUUGCGUUAAAAGCCGUCAAACAACGCAUAUCCUACUCUACGAGAAUAUGUGUAGAAGUUGACGUUCGUAAAAUGUUGCAGGGAGCUAGCAUAAAUUGUUUUGACUGGGUUUGGUACUUUAUUUGGAGGGGUAAACUCGUACCCCAUCAGUUAAUUCACGACGCAACGUCCUGAAUGAGUCAGGCCGAGCAGGUGCCUGAGGACAUGCCUGCAUGCCACACAGAUGAGCCAGAAGCUACAGAUGCCAACAAGGACCACCCACAGACACAGCCGGGGAUGUUCGGCAGGUUGGCGGGGGGGUUAUAUGGAGCCACCAAAGCUACAGUGGGUGGCGUGACUUGGAUAGGAGGAAAGAGCCUGGACCUCACCAAGACAGCUGUCUGCACUGUAGCUGCCGUGCCUGUAAUGGGAGUGGGGCUGGUGAAGGGGGGAGUGUGUGCCGUGGCUGGCGGCGUGACCGCGGUCGGGUCUGCAGUAGUCAACAAAGUUCCUCUAGGAGGCAGCAAAAAGAAAGAUAAGUCAGACUGACAUGGAGCAGAGGAGACUGGACACACAGCUCACACUCCUGUUGAUGUUUUAACAUUUGUAAGCGGGAGAAAAAAGCAACUAAGGACUUAGAGCUGCAGUUUGCAAGUUAUGCUGUUGUUGUUUUUGUGUUAUUUUUAUGUAACUAGAGAUACAAUUCCACAAAUGUUUAAUUAUGUUUUCAAAAUGUGUACAUAAAAAGAAAGCAAUACAGCACACCUGUUCUCAUUCCUUCUGAUUCAAGACAAUCAAUGAUGAUCUGUGCCUUAUAAGGAGUUCUUUACUUUCAUCUGGAAAUAAUUCACUUUCAGCUGGUAAAUAUUAGAAACACUCUGAGUCUGAUUUUCUGAUUAUUCCUCUUCAGAUAAACACACGUACUGACAAAUGAUCAGAUAAAUCUGAUCAAGGACAUGGUAGAUAAAGUCCAGUUUUUUAAUAUAGAUUUUUAUGGGUUGGUUUAUUGUGUUUAACCUGAACAUUUUGGUGUCUUCCAUUUCAAUGUGCAUGCUUCUCAGAUGUAUGGCUUUCUUGUGGUAAUCUUCUCACCUUCGUAGAAGAUUGUUGUUUUAGACAUUUUAUUUUUAUUAUUAUUAUUAUUACUACAAUAAAUGCAUUUUAUUACU